AUGGCCUCUCCUAGUUCUCUUGCAGCUGCUGUGACCUCUCUUUCAGUGACUACUCCAUGGGUUGUCCAGAAGUUUGGCGGUACUUCAGUCGGGAAGUUCCCAGAAGAUAUUGCUGAAAAAAUUGUCAAGGCCUACUCUCAUGAUGGAUACCGGGUCGCUGUGGUAUGCUCUGCUCGAUCCACCAAUACUAAGGAAGAGGGUACAACCACUCGGCUGCUGCAAGCUGCUGAUUACGCCAUCACUUCUGUCCGCGGAAAUGCGUCGUCAGAUGAAACCUCUUUACAUGACGGUUCAGUGCACCCAGACGAUGUUCUGGACACUGCAGAACUUGAGGCUGUUGCAAAGGAAGCCGAACGUCAGUGCACAAACAAAAUUGAAGCAAUUCGCGAAUCUCAUUUGGAAGUUGCACGGUUACACAUCAAGUCUCCAGAAUUACGCAAGACUCUGGAACGAGACAUUAAUAAGGAGUGUGAUUUGAUUAUCGGCAUCAUGUCUGCAGUACGAGUUCUUGAUGAGAUUUCCCCCCGCACUUUGGAUUCCAUCAUUUCGGCCGGAGAAAAACUGGCGUGUUUGUACAUGGCUGCAUUGAUCAAUGAUCGUGGACUAAAAGCACAGUACAUUGAUCUAUCACACAUUGUGCCAUCAACUUAUAAGAGCCCAAAUCCAGCAAACAAGAACAACACUUUGGAUGCUGAAUUUUAUGAUUAUGUUAAGGCUCACAUCAAGCAUGAAAUUGAACGCAAGUGCAAAAAGGGCGAGAUCCCUGUAAUUACUGGCUAUUUCGGCGUGGUUCCUGGAGGACUUAUCAAUGGAGUUGGUCGUGGAUAUACAGAUUUUUGCGCAGCUCUGGCUGCAGUUGCGCUCAAGGCUGAGGAGUUACAGAUUUGGAAAGAGGUUGAUGGUAUUUUCACAGCAGAUCCUCGCAAGGUCCCAACUGCUCGGUUGCUUAGCAUUAUUACUCCUGAGGAGGCUGCUGAGUUGACAUACUAUGGAUCUGAAGUAAUUCAUCCCUUUACCAUGGAGCAAGUUAUUAAUGCAAGAAUCCCUAUUCGUAUUAAGAAUGUCAUAAAUCCUACAGGCAGUGGUACAGUGAUUUACCCUGAUAAUUUCACAGGAACCCCAGGACAUGCCACACCUCCUCAUCCCCCAAAGGCUCUUGAACGGGUGCCAUCGAGUUUUUUCAAUGUGCAACAACUUCAUAAGGGCCCUACAGCUGUUACUACCAAGAACAAUAUACUUGUUCUUAACAUUCAUUCAAAUCACAAGGACCGAUCUCAUGGCUUUUUGGCUCAUGUUUUCUCCAUUCUGGACCAAUGGAAGCUUGUUGUUGAUUUGAUUUCAACUUCAGAGGUCCGUGUGUCAAUGGCCUUACAUUCAAACUUGCCUGAAAAGCGGUUGAAGCAGGCAUUGAAUGAAUUGCGUAAAUAUGGUACAGUUGACGUCACACGUAAAUUAUGCAUUGUUUCGCUUGUGGGCAAGAAUAUGAAAUCAAGCAUUGGUAUUGCAGGUCAAAUGUUUGAAACGCUGGGUCGGGCUGGCAUCAAUAUUGAAAUGAUUUCCCAAGGUGCAAGUGAAAUCAAUAUUUCAACUGUGAUUGAUCAAAAGGAUGCAAUCAAGGCAUUAAAUGUGUUACAUCAAACAUUGUUAAAUCGACCAGUUGGGCGAAACACUCCUUCGUUUGUUGGUGUUGGGGAUGUAUAA